CUUAUGAUACCUUAACUAUUGGGCAGAUUGGCAAGGACUACAGGACCAGUGCCAAUUUCUAACGCUGUUAACAUAGGGAAGUGCACUGUAAAACGUUGAACCUAAUUCAUACAUCUUAGUAAACAAUGCUCUCUGUAUGGUGAAAAGUAUGACUGAUAAGGUUUAACAUUUGGAGGUUACAGUGGGACAGUUGGAGAGAUAUUUACUUUAAAACUAGGUUAGGUCACAUCUCCACAUAGGCCUGUACACACAACAGUCUAGUGUAUUAGCAGUCAUCAGUUGGGGAUGUGCAUUUUCUUCAACAAGGUUGCUAACUAGGAAGGCAUUUAGACAACACGUUGUGUCCCAAAUACGUAAUAUUGACACCCUGUCAAAAACAAGAUCUGUGUUGAAGCCAAAUAUUGCCGGACUUAGGACUAGAACUGUAUCUUCAACGCUUGUCCGAAGUUUUGAUCAGACAAGAAUUAUGGAAGCUGAUCCAGGAGAAGCAAUGGAAGGUGAUGCGAGACAAAUAUUCCAGGCUGCUGUUGAGUCGGUGAUGCCGAGACCGAUGCUGGAGAGAGAAGUGACGUACAGAAAGGAGACGAGGACUCUGUGUGUGGGGGGCAAGGAGUAUCAGCUGCAGAAGAAUGUGUUUGUUGUUGGCUUUGGUAAAGCGGUCAGCGGUAUGGCGCGAGUUGUGGAGGAAAUGCUGGGUGAUCACAUUGUGAAGGGCAUUAUUAGCAUUCCCAUUGGGGCAACAGAGCAGUUAAAGAAGUUAAAUAAACAUGACAUGCUGUUGGAGGCGAGCAGUAAGAUCACAGUGUACGAGGGAGCCAAGGAUAACCUCCCAGAUGAAGACUCUCUCAAGGCUGCUGAAGAAAUCCACAAACUGGUGUCAGCAUUGGGAAAAGAUGACAUUCUCAUUGUGCUUGUAUCAGGUGGCGGAUCAGCUCUGCUGCCUACCCCAUGUCCCCCUAUAUCGCUGGGGGAAGAGAUGGAGCUGACGCGUCUACUGGCCAGCAAGGGGGCGACCAUUCAGGAGCUCAACCUCAUCCGCUCCAACAUCGAGGUUCUCAAAGGUGGAGGACUUGCUCUGGAAGCCAGACCUGCCUCAGUGAUAUCUCUCAUCCUGUCCGAUGUUAUUGGAGACCCCCUUGACUUCAUUGCCAGCGGUCCCACUUUCUUCAGUGCCACUGAUGCCAGCCAGUGCAUGCAUCUUUUCAAAACAUUCAACAUUACAGACCAGGUUCCCAAGUCAGUCUUAGAAUUCUUGGAGCGACGGAAGAAAGUGAAAAAAAUGCCCAUAACAGUUGACAGCCCUGAUUUUGAACAUUGGGCAUGGGUUCAGAACCACAUUGUUGGAAACAAUACCAUAGCAACAUCUACCGCAGGCAGCACAGCUAGAAACCUGGGUUACCUCCCUUUAGUUUUGUCAACAUAUUUAAGUGGGGACACCAGAGAAGUUGCAGCCAUGUUUGGGAAACUGGCCAAAUAUGUCCUACUGAUAUUCAGACGGAACUCUAAAGAAUAUAACCCUGUGUUGGCAACGCUGGAAGUUGAUCUGGUUCGAACAGGAAUCAGCAAAGAUAAACUGAAUGAGGUUGUCACUUUAGUGGAGAAAGGUAAGAAUAUGCAGAAAGGGGUUUGUAUUAUAGCAGGAGGGGAGACAACUACCCUGGUGAAGGGCAGUGGCCUUGGAGGAAGGAACCAGGAGAUGGCGCUGGCUAUUGCUCCAUAUCUGGCCGCCCUGAAAGGAGACUCUGUGUUCAAGACAUAUAGUCAGAUCUGUUUCCUGAGUGCAGGCACUGAUGGACUUGAUGGACCCACAGAUGCUGCAGGGGCGGUGGUUGAUAUGGAUUUUACCCAAAUCCUGGCUGAGGAGGGAAUGUCGCUGGACGAUUUCUUGCAGAAUAAUGACUCUUAUAAUCUGUUUCGUAUAGUCCGAAAUGGGUCCAAUCACAUUAAGAUUGGCCAUACUGGGACGAAUGUAAUGGACAUCCAGAUAUUGUUGGUGAAGCAUUAAUUUUAGUGGCAGGAUUGAUUGUGGUUUUCCAGACUAUGUCAUGUUUAUUCCAGAUUAUGUCAAAGAGGACAGGGAUUUCUUUAGUGUUUGUGUUAGGUCUCAGUUCAGUAAUGUUCUUCCCCUAAACUGCCUCUGAUGUGUGUGAGUGAGCAGGGUUUUAUGCAGAUAUUUUGGCCAAUGUUGUAAUGGCAUACCCUCUGGUACAAGGGUGUCCCAGUGGUCAAAUUCUCUUUGCAGAGUUGGGUCACUUUGGCAUACCAAUAAUUGAUGAUCAUGGGUUCGAAUCCCAUAUGCAACCGCAUUAUGGCUCUGAAACUGUCCCCAUCACACCCAUUGAGACAAAGUAUCAAGUUAUCUGAACUUUGUUUAGGUUUUGUGCAAUGUCAUUGUCACUAGAAUGGACAAGGGCAAUUUAUUAAGAAAAGAGGAGGAUUUUGUCCAAUACAGCUUUAGAAAUUGGCACUCGUCCUGUAGUCCUUGCCAACUGCCCAAUUGUUAAGGUAUCACAAGGACUUGUAGAAAUUUGCCCUUUUUAAAGGUUUUGCUAUAUGUUAUCAUUGUAAGGACUAGUCGGCUGAAACUGUUAGUUUCUGUCGCUGCAAUAUGAUGUAAAAACUGUAUAACAAACAACCAAUCUCAGUAAGAUCCAAUCUCUCACUUUAUAGGAUAUCUCUUUGCAUGAAGAUCUGACAACACCUCCAUAUAAGGUCGCAUCAAGUGAAACCUGAGUGAUCUUUGACUGCCCAAUGUAAAGAAAGGAUGUAUGGGUUUUUGAGACAAUCAAAUCUCAGAUUUCUGAAACGAUUAAGCUUCAUUUCUUUACAACCACGAUUCUGAAAUUUCCACCAAAAAAGAAGACCACCACAGAAUACAAUUUGUCCCUCUAUUGUAACCCUUUGGGGUGUAGAUGCCAUGUUGCUCAGAAAUGAGAGUAUGUAUUCCAUAUCCACAAUCAAAUAAUAGUGUGGAUUGAUGUUUUUGCAUUCAGAAUUCCCUGAUAUUAUUUGUUUUCAAGAUAAAAAAUCAAAUAUGCUGGUCUCAAUGCUACUGCGAAUUUCAAAGCCUCAACGAUGGUUGGCUGAUUAGAACCAAUCAUCUGAUGCGGCCUCCUUUGGAGGAUUCAUGCAAGGAGGUAUCAUAUCUUUGUGAAAGAUCUGAUUUUAUUGAUACUGACAAACAACAAAUGUAACCAGUGUAUUUAGCAUUCUUGUUGAAGUCAUGUCUUUGGGAAUUGGCAAUGACUUAUCCUGGAUCUGACUGUCAAUGGUUUGUGAUAAUGGUCAGAAUCUAUGGUGCUAUGUUUGUAAUCAUGUACUUCCGCUGAAUAUUUUCGGCUAACAAAUUUUCAGGGUAAAAAAUCCAUUGCUAGCUUCCACUCAUAAGCAUAUAUAUAUAUACCCAGGAAUACAUGAUAAACAUGCAAAAAUAAAACAAUGAUAUUAAUGUCAUCAUUAUAAAUGUUACAGCUAACUUUCGUAAUGUACAGUAAAACCUUAUCAAUUUUGAUUGUUUCCAGCAAGAAAUGUCCAGAUUAUUAAAUUUGCAGAUAAGAAAUCA